AUGGACAGACCCGGCCCCCCGGGGACAGACCCGCCAGGGACCGCCCCGGCCCCCGGGACCCGACCGACCCCCCAGUUGACCAGCCGACCCCGAGACAGGACCCGACCCCAAGCGACCGCCCGACCGGGAAGCACCGGCCCGGGACAGCCGGCCCCGGGCCAGACCGGACCCGUGACCGACCCGGCCCAGGCAGACCGGCCCCAGGGACCGACCGGCCAGAGACAGACCCAGGCCCCAGCGCCCAGACGGCCAGAGACGCCCGCCCAGGGAAGACCCGUCCCCAGUGCCAGGCCCCGGCCCAGGGCCCGACCCGGCCGCCGGGCUCCAGCCGGCCAGAGACAGACCGUCCCCAGGGACAGACCCGGACCAGGGACAGACCGGCCCAGGGGACCGACGGCCAGGGACAGCCCGGCCUGGGACCAGACCCGGCCAGGGACCGACGGCCGCGGGACGACCGGCCCCAGGGCAGGUCACGGCCCCAGGGAACAGACCACCCAGGCAAUACCCGACCCCAGGGCCAGACCCGACCCCCGACCACGACCCGGCCCCGAGCCCGACCCCCCAGGCACAUACGACCCCCGGGACCGGCCCGACCCCAGGCACAGACCGACCAACGCCGAGAUUAUUAUGAAAUGA